AUGGCCCCAGAGUCAGCAGCGCACCCCCGCACAUCCGGGGCCGAGUUGAGGGAUCGUCAGAUAGGGCGCACACAACCUGGACACCUGUUAUUAAUACCAGCAAUAGCUGAGUGCGGCAGUGUCACAUACUAUUUUCUUGAAUGCACCAGUGCUCUAGAUAGUUGCAAGAAGUUUCAACCUGUGAAGCAUCGAAAAUGCACGACAUCCGCCACAUCACAAUGGGAGGCCCGGCAGUGGACACCUCCACCCGGAGACCGAAUCUCGAUAAAUCAUGGCUUGCUGAAACUAGCCUUUCGGAGCAAGACUGUAAUAGUUACUGUCCAGGGACAGGACACAGGUACUCAAACCAUUCUAUCUAGCAUUUCGACCGGUUCGAACGUAGUAUGCCGAUUGAUGUCCUUGAAUUCCCUGGCGUCGUCUCACCGGUUUAGUAGAUCUGCGAUCAUGAUCAUAGAUCAGUCAAUGGUUUCGAGAGAUGGUUAG